AUGGCCCAACAUCCCGGCCGACAAUCGCCUGCCUACGGCCACACUCUCGCCUCCUCAGCACCUAUUUGGUCGUUUAACGACUUCACAGCCUAUGCCGAUAACCUGCUCCGGCCUGUUCGCUACGAACUCGACUGGCGGGCCAAAUCUCCGCCGUCGCAGACUGCGGAGAUUAGUCGGCGCCUCCGCGACCUGACGAACUGGCAGACUGCCCUAUGUGGCGCGAGGGGCGGUCGCACUUGGGAGGCCGUAAUGGAGGAAAGCGGGAUCGAGCCGUACCAUGUACAGGUCAAUCUCGAUCACAUCGUGCAGGUGUUGCAAGCCUUGCCUCUCGAGGCAGAGGCCGCUCCCAUGCUUCCUAACGCAAGAGAGGUUUUCACAGGCGACCUCCGCCGAAUAAAGCCGUACAUCUCUCGCUAUCUUUCGCCUAUCUCGCCGCCGUCUGCGCCUGUCCCUUCUGCCUUUCACCCUGUCGGCCGUGCGACGCUCGGCAGCCACCAGCAACACCAGGCAAGCUCGACUCACUUCACCCGACAUCCCUCGGACGCCGCCACCUGGAUCAAAACGAUCCACGACGGGAUCGACGGCGCUCUUCGAGUCUGGUCCGUCGAGUUGCAGGCGGCGCAGCGCUCGAACCACACGGAGGCGGUCUCGCUCAUUGUCGCAAGAUGCGAGGAGAUUCGAGACUGGCAAGAAAGGGUUGCGCCGAACCUUGCGCGUGUUUGGGGCCGACCUUCAGCAGAGCGCAUCACGCAGCGCUUCGUCAACGCGCACGCCCUUCUCGAGAACCUUACGGGCUGGCCAUUGAGGGAGACCUUCGUCCUGCCUGAUCAGCACACACUUCUUGACGGUGUCGUCGAGCCCUGGAUGAUUGUCAAUACUGGGCACGUUGAUGCCUUCUACCGACAGCUUCAACAAACCAUCAAGCACGACAAGCUGGCGAGUGACAAGACCGCUGCGGGGGUGGCCAAGGAUCGGAACUGGUUCCGGCUUGUGCACAUCCGCUUGCACAUGGUCACUCAGUGGCUCGUCUACAUCCACUCAAACGGGUCGCGCGCGACUCUGUUGAAGCUGUCGGGGUCAGAGCUUGACCGCCUCACCGCCGAGAUUAUCCGCGUUGCGCAAGGUCUUCAAGAAGUUCCCGUGUUGGAGCCUACUGAGCCGCUCCCGACUCUUCAGCAACUCUUUGCGCGCCUCCAACUUUGUCCCUCCGUCACUCCACCGUAA